AUGCUGGUCUCGAGGAUCAUCCGUCAUAGGGAUGCGGUGCGGCUCGGCCCAGAAUUGGGCCUUGGCUUGAACCACAUCUCUCACUUUCAUGCUGGCUAUUCGAAGACGCUACGACAUUCAGCAGCAGCCGAGCCGAAGAAGAGCUCUGGUACUACGGUCGGCUGGCGCCGUCAUCGGAGGUUCCCAAAGUACCUCCGCGACUCGCCCAGUGGAACGUUUGCGUUGCGGCUCCGGAGCCGAACGACGCCUUUGACGUUCAGGGCAUGGCAGCGGUUCGACGAGGCAGCGAGGAGUCGGAGCCUGCGACUUCCGAUAGUGACGCUGCAGAUGAUGAUACGGAAGGAUGAGGCGCAAAUGAAGACCAGCCUCUCGCAGAGCUUGUGUGACGAUGGGCAGUGGCGCACUCGACUGAACAGCCUAGCAUUCAAGGGCAUCUCCGAGGGGGACAUUCAGCACUGGGUUUGGAUCAUGGAAGGAAAAGAUGCGGACGAGCGAAUUGAACGGUUCGUUUCGGUGGACCGACCGAAGCCGAUAUUUCUUCUGUUCCAGCUGCUGCGGCACGACCAGAGAUUCCAGAAGGGAAGCUCUCUCCAGUCCAUCUAUGACUAUGUCUACCGCCACCACGUUCGCUCCAAAGCGUCUCCUCCAGAUGCAGCGCUGCCGUUCGGAGCUGUGCGACGCACAUUGGACCCUGGUCUGAACAUGACACGGUGGAAUUUUGCCACGCUGUUUCGCCUUCUCGUGUACCAUUACCUUCGGGUAUGGCCGUCGGCACUUCCAGCACUUGCAAAGCUGGUGUGUUUGUACGUCGAGAUAACACAGCAGGUGGCCAAGAACGGGCGGAAAGCGUACUCAGACGCGUGCUCUAUCUUCAACUACGCCUUGGUGAUGUUCCAGCGCAAGUCCCCCGUCCAGCCUGUGUUCCAGAUGCGCUACAACUGGCGGGCGCAAAAGAUUAUGCUCGCCAUGUCGACGACGCUGCCGCGGCCACUGCUCAUCAACCGGUCGGGCUUCCGGGCGAUCCGCAGGGUGAUGCUGGCGCUGGGCAAGUCGCCAGCAGAGCGACGGGUUGCCUUGCGGAUGAUGCGAACAUGGCCGCCGUACCGGCGAGACUGGGACGGCCUGGACGAGAAGCGAGAGCCGGCAGACGACUUCAGCAGGAGUGUCAAGGCCGGGGUUCUCAUGCACGAAGCGGGAUAUUCGGAGAUGGAGCAUGACCGUGCACUCAGUGUGCUGGGCGGCGUCCUGCCCGGCGAGGCGCCAACGGUACAGACGCGAUCGCUGAGCCCGCGAACGUGGACGGGUCGUCAGGCCAACCUGAACGUAUUCUCGACCUGGGCGGCACGGGUAAAGGCCACGCGCGACAUCAACGAGGCGUGGCACGAGUUCCAGACCAGCCCGACCGAAGGGCUGCAGCCAAGCGUGCAGGUGUACACAGAGAUGUUCAAGAAGCUUGUGGCAAUACCGGUCAACCAACUGCCAGAUCCAGCUCAUGCGUUGUUGCCGGGCGAUGCGCGCGAAGUGUUCCCGGUCAACGAUGCGACGCUGACGACGUUUGAGAAGCAGCGGCUGCGACCACCGACAGUAGAGGGGCUGUACUCGCAGAUGCUGCACAACGGCACCCGGCCGGUCGGCGACUGUCUCUCGGUGCUGAUACAGCAUGCGCCGUCGAUGCAGGCAGCGAUGCGGUAUCUGCACGACAGCCCACUGGACAAGGCGGCCAUAUCUGCACUACAGCUCCCUCAUGUGCCUUCGGCCGACUCGAGCACGAUCUCACGGCACCGUCGACGUGAUGCGGCCGCCGGGCCGACGCUCGAAGUUUUGCAGCAAAUUCCCCUGGGCAACUUGGGGGCGUACAUCUUCCUGAUGUGCCGAUUCCAGCCACGACUGGCGGCAGAGCCUGCUCGGCUGGGCAAGAUGCGGCGUGCAGGGCUCAUCCACCAUGCGAUCAACAUCUGUGCGCAGCGGCUCCGUCCGACGCUGGACGAUGGGCAGACGUACAAGGCUCCGUGGCAUACGAUCAUGCAGACACUGGCACAGCCGAAGCUGCUAGUCAGCGCGGAGAACACACAAGACAGGCGGUUCCACGACCGCGAGGCGCUGGGACUGGCGCUGCGAGUCUUUGGGUUGGUGAAGAUGGGCGGCGGCGUGGAUGUUGUGGUGCUGGACGGUCUCUGCAAGGCGACACAGAAAUGUCUGCGGUGGACGGACAUGGGCUUGACGACAGACGGUGGCGGCGACCUGCAGCCGCUGCUGCGGAUGGCACAUGCGACGAUCGUUUCAGCAUUCUCGGAGAUGGCAGGCGGGUCUCCGGCCAGCCAGCACCAUCCGGCAACGCGACACAAUUUCACAGCCGGCAGCUUGCAGAGCUAUAUGCAGACACUGGGGUAUAUGGGGGACGUGGACGGGAUGGUGCAGGCGGUAGGGUGGAUACUGCGGAUGUGGGAAGACGAGACGGUGCUGGAGGAUGCCAAGGACGUGCUGAACGGGCAGUACUCGACGAUAGGCCGUGUUCUGGUCAUGUUUCGGGCGUUUGCGGAGACGCAGGUGACAGGGUCGGUGCUGGAGCAGCUGGAGCGGCAGAUGGGCGCACUGCAGGAGAGAAAAUACUGCACGUGGCGAUGGCCGACGCAGGAGGAUGCAGACGCGUUUGUGCGGUGGCACCGACAAGAGCACAAUGCAGCCUUCUGGUCUCGGGUGCGUCCAGGUGUAUAG